GGGGCGCGCAGUCGGACGCGGGAGUCCCUCCAGCGGGCAGGGCACCGCGGGCUGACGCGCACCGCCAGCGGAACGCAGGCGGCGCCAGGGGCAGCCGGGCGAGCGCCGGGGCUUCGGCGGUGCAGGGCGGAGGCGGAACAGGAAGGCACAGGCGGCGCAGCAGCUUCUCUCGGCGCGGAGAGGGGGCUCGUCCCCUGCUUCCCCCUGAGGGUGCCCGCCCCACCCCUGCCCCAGGCUCCUAUAGAGGACACGUGUCAGCACGUUCCCGCCGUUGUCGUCUCACCCCAUGUCAUAGCCCCUCCCCGAGGCCUGGGACACCCCCUCCCCCGGCCCCAUUAUUCCCAGGCCCAACCUCCCACGCAGAACCGAGGUCCCGGCCGGGUCCUUUUCCUCCACCGGCCCGUCUCCCCAGACAGCGAGCACCCCGGCCCGGCCCCCAGCCGAAGACACUCGACACACGUUCUUACCCCUGUCAUCUCAUCCCUCAGCCCAGCGCCACCCCGGAACCCCGGUGUCCUUGGCCCAUUGUCCCUGGGCCUGGCUCCGCGCUGACCGCAGGCUCGGCCCUAGCCCCUGACCCGCGCGUCUCCCCCGGCAACGCGCCGCCACCCGGGAUGCAGCCGGGAGGCUGGGCGGCGGUCAAGGAGGCGGCUGGCCGCGACGUGCUGGCCGCCGACCUCCGGUGCAGCCUCUUCGCCUCGGCGCUGCAGAGCUACAAGCGCGACUCGGUGCUGCGGCCCUUCCCCGCGUCCUAUGCCCGCCACGACUGCAAGGACUUUGAGGCCCUGCUUGCAGAUGCCAGCAAGUUACCCAACCUGAAAGAACUUCUCCAGUCUUCUGGAGACAAAGACGUACGGGCCAGGGAUCUGUUCGAAAAGAUCCAAAAGCUGACUGGUGCCCCUCACACGCCUGUCCCCGUGCCGGACUUCCUGUUUGAAAUUGAAUACUCCAACCCAGCGAACGCCAAAUUUUAUGAGACCAAAGGAGAACGGGACCUAAUCUACGCCUUCCAUGGGAGCCGCCUUGAAAACUUCCAUUCCAUCAUCCACAAUGGGCUGCAUUGCCACCUGAACAAGACGUCCUUGUUUGGGGAAGGGACCUACCUCACCAGUGACUUGAGCCUGGCCCUCAUUUAUAGCCCCCACGGCCUGGGAUGGCAGCGCAGCCUCCUUGGCCCCAUCCUCAGCUGCGUGGCUGUGUGUGAAGUCAUUGAUCAUCCAGAUGUCAAGUGCCAAAUGAAGAAGAAGGAUUCCAAGGAGAUGGAUCGCAGGAGAGCAAGAAUCAAACACAGCGAAGGGGGAGACGUCCCCCCAAAGUACUUUGUGGUCACAAAUAACCAACUCCUGCGAGUGAAGUACCUGCUGGUGUACUCACAGAGGCAGCCCAGCAGGGCUUCCAGCCAGCUGUCCUGGUUUUCCAGCCAUUGGUUUAUGGUCAUGAUAUCCCUGUAUCUGCUGCUGCUGCUUAUUGUGAGUGCCAUCAAUUCCUCAGCUUUCCAUCACUUUUGGAAUCGUGCAAAGAGAUAAUCCCUUGGGGCCUGGUGUGGGGGCCACCUCAACCACGUGCCUUACGAUAUGAUCUGUUCUGUAUCUCCCUUGCCCCAUGUCCAACUGGGUGGAGUCUGGGGGCCAGCUGGGGACCACAGGACAAUUUUCAUACGCCAUAAAUGUAUUGAUUGCCUUUGACAAUGCUCCUGGCCACACUCCGGUCAGUGGGGACCAGGAGGCUCCUCACUCUGAAGUUUCAGGGGAGUCCUCCUGUCUGCUCCUUCCUAAACAAUCCUAGGGAGUUGGCUUUUCUGUCAGGGCCAAAGGAAAAAACCCUGCUGCAUUUAAAAACAAAGUGUCCAAGCUGUCAGUGGUAUGUUUACAAUCGCUCCUGGCGGACGUUGGCCCUUUCUCUAAUGCCUUCUGGAAGGCGGAAUAUGUGUAGUGGGGACUAUAAAUCACGAGGUGGUUGCCUUGUUUUGACUUGAGACACCCAAGAGGAACAGUCAUGUUUCUCAUAAAAAUCGGUGGGAUCGUUUCUGAAUUCCAUCAGCCUUUGUACGUGAGUGCAAAACAUUUUCGCAGUUUUCUCAAAUCCACAAACAGCCUUCUGCUACAGUUGUCACCCCCCUGCCCUAACCAUGGAAGAGAAAGGAAGGAGCCAGAGACUUGAUAAAAAAGACAAACUUGACAAUGAGCAACUCAUGUCAUCUUUUUCUAAAAAUUACCAACUGCUGAUUACAGCUGAAAUGGAAACACAUGUUUGUGUUCUUUUGUUUUUCUUUUCUUUUUUUUCUUUUUUUUAAAUAGCUAUUUGACAAAUUCAUCUUCGGGAGCUGAGUAAAAGGGAGAUUUCUAAACCUAGAGCACUCUUUGGCCAGUGCCUGUAGUCUCUUUCUUGGCCAUGUUUUAGAGAGCCGCAGGCCUUCCCCCUCUUCUCAUUCUCACGAAGCUGCCUUGACUGUGGCCUCCCAGCCACAAGUGCCACGUCGCAGGCCUUCUGUGGGCUGCCGGCCUUCAGGACAGAGGUCUGCCUCAGUCUGCCACAAAGGUGCAUGGACUGAGCCUUCCUUAGAGGGGUUGCAGGUCUUUGGGACUCAGCCUGGGCUUUAAAAGUGCCGAGGAAGCCUCUGGCUGCCCGCGGGAGCUGCAGUUGUCCUUGCUGAUUCUCUGCCCUUCCUUCCUGCCCUGUUUCAGCCAUCGUGGAGCCGCAUCUGAUGUGGGGGGUAGAUUUCUAUAAAGAUGGUGGAAAGUCAGCUUUCUAUAAUCUGUGAAGUUGUGAAAAAGCCACUAUCAUGGUUUUUACAUUGAGUAUGGCAACAUUUCAAAAAUAAUAAAGGUAUUUUCCUAAUUAC